AUGACGUCCCCAAGCACGAUUCCCCAGAAAUUCAUAACAAAGGGCAACCAGCUCGGCGUCGUCGCCGUUGGUUUCUCCGGUGGCCAGUGUAAGCAAGGCGUUGACGCCGCUCCCUCCGCCCUCAUCGACGCCGGCAUCCUCAACCAGCUCCGCGACGACCUCGACUACGAAAUCCACCAUGACGGCAAGAUCCACAACUACACCGAAUUCCUGCCCGCCUCGGACCCGGACCACCGCGGCAUGAAGCAGCCGCGCGCCGUGAGCGCCGUCACGGAGCAACUUAGCAAGCAAGUCUACGAGCACGCGCGCGAGAGCAAGAUGGUCCUCACGCUCGGCGGGGACCAUUCCAUCGCCAUCGGCACCAUCUCCGGGACCGCAAAGGCCGUGCGGGAGCGGCUGGGCCGCGAGAUGGCGGUCAUCUGGGUGGAUGCGCAUGCGGACAUCAACCGGCCGGAGGAUAGCGAGAGCGGGAACAUCCACGGCAUGCCGCUUUCGUUUCUGACGGGGCUGGCCAAGGAGGAGCAGAAGGAUAUAUUUGGGUGGCUGGGCCCGGAGCACCUCAUCAGCACGAGGAAGUUAGUGUAUAUUGGACUGAGAGAUGUGGAUCGUGCGGAGAAGCAGCUCCUGAGGGAGCAUGGCAUCAAGGCCUUUAGCAUGCACGAUGUCGACAAAUACGGCAUUGGACGAGUGGUGGAAAUGGCUCUCGCGCAUAUCGGUCAGGACACGCCCAUCCAUCUCUCCUUCGACGUGGACGGACUCGAUCCGCAGUGGGCUCCCAGCACCGGCACGCCCGUCAGAGGAGGCCUGACGCUGCGCGAGGGCGACUUCAUCGCGGAAUGCGUCCAUGAAACCGGCAGCUUGAUCGCGAUGGACCUGGUGGAGGUCAACCCGAGCCUGGAGACGAUGGGAGCGAGCGAGACGAUCCGCGCCGGGUGCUCGUUGGUGCGGAGUGCAUUGGGAGAUACCCUGCUGUGA